AGAGGUGGGCGUGGCUUGUUGCCAAGGGAGCGUCGCCGGCCGGUUGGCCGUGCGUGUAGCGUGUGUUUCCCGGCGUGCCCCGCGCGCGCGCGAGCUUCCCCCUCCCGCCGCCCCCUCCCCUCGCCGGCCGUCCAGAGGAGACGGCCAAGAUGGCGGCCAGUAACUACUACGGGUUUGCGGCGGGUGCCCUCGCCGGGCCCCAAUACAGCGCCCAGCCCGCUCCGGCUUACUCCCACCCCCCGACAGCAGCGAGCUACACAGUCCAACAGACCCCCGGGGUGGAGCACUCUGUGGCCCCUGCCUAUACUGCAGCUGUGCAGGCGGCCAGGCCUGUGGCCUCUGCAGGGUAUGGAGGCUACCAGCCCCCGUCAACGCAAGACUACGGUUAUGGGACACGGCAGCCAGAGCCUGCCCCCCAGCCUGCAGUAACGCAGAACUAUCAGGAUGGCUACGGUUACGGCCGAUCCCCGACAGCCAGCGGCUACGAGACCAAACCAUAUUACCAGGCGGUGGCCACGCAGUCCCAACACGUGGCCACGGACUCGUACUACCACUCGAACUCCCAGGGCAGCUACAGCCAGCCUGCAGCAGUGUACACUCAAAGCCAACCCCAGAGGCAAGUGACGCCCGUGAAGCCAAUCCAGACCGUGAACGCUUCCUCCUCCAACUACAGCGCAUAUCCGACCGCCACGACCGGCCAGCAAAGCGUCUCUGCUUCCUCCAUCCAGUCGUACACGCCAUCCUCCUCCUCAUACGCCUCUUCCUCCUACAAUUCCUCUCCUGCGUCCUAUUCCGCAUCAACCUACUCUGCCUACGACGCCGCAGCAUACACGGUGGCCAACGCUUCCUACUACCAGCCCCCCCAGUCUUCGCUCAUGCAACAGCAGCCGCUACAGCCCCCUCCGCCGCCCCAGCAGCAGCACCAGCAGCCCCCGCCUCCCACACAGCAGCCGCCAAAAGCCAUGGGGGGCUCCCUGUGGAGCGGCGGAAGCAGCAGCAACUCCAUCGGCAGCACUUACGGCAAGAAGCCCCAGUAUCUCAGCAAGCCCCUGAAGCCCAAAGGCCCCCCCAAACAGCCUCAGCUCCACUACUGCGAGAUCUGCAAGAUCAGUUGCGCGGGUCCCCAGACGUACCGGGAGCACCUAGAAGGGCAAAAGCACAAAAAGAAGGAGACAGCGCUGAAGGCUGGGAGCCAGGCGGCAGGCAGCGGCCCACGAGGGGUCCAGACGCAACUUCACUGUGACCUCUGCGAUGUUUCGUGCACGGGAGCGGAUGCUUACGUGGCCCACAUCCGAGGAGCAAAGCACCAAAAGGUUCUCAAGCUUCACACCAAGCUGGGGAAGCCCAUUCCGUCCACCGAGCCCAUGCUGGUGAGCCUCUCUCAGGGUCCUGCCAACGGCUCAGCCAGCAAGCAAGCUGCACCCACCCCUGCACCCACCGCCGCAGCCGCACCAGUGAAGCAGGCCUUGGGGGCGGCCAACAGCAUAAGCAACUUGAGCAAGCCGACGCCUGCGAAGAAGCCCCUUGCAGCAAAGCUGACUUUUUCAGGAGCAAGCAAGCUUCAGGCAACGGGCAGCAAAGAGGAGGCGGCGAAAGGGGCACAACCGAAAGCAGGAAUGCCGGCAGACCAGCUCCCGCUUGACGGUUCCGGAGACAGUCUUGGGGAUCUGCUUGACGUACAACCCGUAGGCCAUGAUUACGUGGAAGAGGUGCACAACGACAAAGGGAAGAUGAUCCGCUUCCACUGCAAGCUUUGUGAGUGCAGCUUCAAUGACCCUAACUCCAAGGAUAUGCACUUGAAGGGACGCCGGCACAGGCUGCAGUAUAAGAAGAAAGUCAACCCAGACCUGCCGGUGGAGAUCAAGCCCAGCAACCGAGCCCGGAAGAUGCACGAGGAGAAGCUGAGGAAGCAGCAGCUCCGGGUCCUGGUGAAGCGGCGCCGGGAGGAAGAGCAGCGCUGGCACUUGGAAAUGAGGCGCUACGAAGAGGAAAUGUACUGGCGUCGGGUCGAGGAGGAACAGCUGUACUGGGAGGAGCAGCAACAGCGGCACCUGGCGGCAGACUGGCACCCGCCCCCACUCAUGGGCAGGCCCGGAGUGCCAGUCCCCCCUCUCUUGCCCACCCGGCGACCAGACUCUUCCGAUGACCGCCACGUCAUGACAAAGCACUCCAGCAUUUACCCGACGGAAGAGGAGCUGCAGGCCAUCCAGAAAGUCGUCUCUCAUUCUGAGCGCGCCCUUCGGCUCGUCUCCGAUUGGCUGACGGAACAGGAAACUCAGGAAGAGGAAGGAAGCAAAGAGAAAGGGAAGACAGACGACCCGCCCCGGGUUCUGAAAGGGGUCAUGAGAGUCGGCGUCUUGGCGAAAGGGCUGCUCCUCCACGGGGACAGGAAUGUGCGCCUGAUCCUGCUGUCUGCCCAGAAGCCCACGCUGGCCCUCCUCCAGAGCAUCACGGAGCAGCUGCCCAAGCAACUGGCGAAGGUAACGAAUGACGAUUACGAAGUGGUGCCUAACUCCGAGGAAGCCAAUGUCGUGAUCGCUUCAUGCAAAGAACCUCAGAUGCAGGUCACAGUUUCAUUGACUUCUCCCUUGAUGAGAGAAGAGGGCUCUGCGGACGGAGAAGCAUCACCAGAGCCUCAGCUCAACUCGUCGGAGAUCUUGAACAAGGAGAAAUGCCUGGAGUCCCUGGCUGCUCUUCGCCAUGCUAAAUGGUUCCAGGCCCGAGCCAAUGGCCUGCAGUCCUGUGUGAUCAUCAUCAGGGUUUUGCGGGACCUCUGCCAGCGUGUGCCAACAUGGGGCGCUCUUCCUGAUUGGGCUAUGGAGCUCCUGGUGGAAAGAGCCCUGAGCAGCGCCACAGGGCCUUUGGGUCCCGGAGAGGCCAUGCGGCGGGUCUUGGAGUGCAUCGCCACUGGAAUGCUCCUGGAAGGUGGCCCGGGGCUCCAAGACCCCUGUGAGAAGGAACCAGUGGAUGCCUUGCGGAGCAUGGCCAGGCAGCAGCGGGAGGACGUCACAGCCAGCAGCCAGCAUGCCUUGCGGAUGCUCGCUUUCCGUCAGAUCCACAAAGUGCUCGGCAUGGAGCCCUUGCCGCUGCUGAAGAACCGGCCGGGCAGCAGUCACAACCGGAAAAGGCGACGGGAUGCUGACGAGGAGGCGGAAGGCGAGGGGGACGGGAAGAAGGACAAGAAAGAGGGCGAGGACGACGAGGGCGGGGCCUAACCACUGUUGCGAGAUUGGCUAAGCCGAUGUUCACAUGACUUUACUUUUUUAUAUAUAUAUAUAUAUAUAUAUAUAAAUAUAUAUAUUAUGA